UACUUUGGUCUAAUAAUGGGAAUAUUAACGUCACUUAGACUCUCACAUUUAGCUUCUGCUCCACACCGUUUCAAUCAAAAUUCAACCCUCUUCUUUCUACACAAUUCUUCCAUUUUCACCUCUCCACCACUUUUCUCACUUAGACAUACUAAACUAAAAGCACUUGCCACCGAUUCUGCAUCUCCAAUAUCAAAUAUGGUCAAAGCCAUUAGGGUUCAUGAACUUGGCGGACCUGAGGUUCUGAAGUGGGAGGAUGUGGAAAUAGGGGAGCCUGGUGACGGCGAGAUACGCGUGAGAAACAAAGCGAUUGGGCUUAAUUUUAUCGAUAUUUACUUCCGUAAAGGCGUUUAUAAGGCUGCCACAAUGCCCUUCACCCCAGGUAUGGAGGCUGUUGGAGAGGUAAUUGCUGUGGGCCCUGGGCUUACUGGCAGGGAAGUUGGAGAUAUCGUGGCUUAUGCUGGUGGUCCAAUGGGUUCAUAUUCUGAAGAGCAGAUCCUUCCUGCAAACAAAGUGGUUUCUGUUCCUUCUUCUAUCUCACCUGUUAUUGCAGCUUCUGUCAUACUUAAGGGUAUGACAGCUCAGUUUCUACUUCGCCGUUGCUUCAAGGUUGAGCGUGGACACACAAUUCUUGUUCAUGCUGCAGCUGGUGGGGUUGGAUCUCUGUUAUGCCAAUGGGCAAAUGCUCUGGGUGCAACUGUUAUUGGCACUGUCUCAACUAAAGAGAAGGCAACUCAAGCCAAGGAUGAUGGAUGUCACCAUGUUAUCAUCUACAAGGAAGAGGAUUUUGUUGCCCGCGUUAAUGAGAUAACAUCAAGCAAUGGGGUAGAUGUUGUCUAUGAUUCUGUAGGAAAAGACACCUUUCAGGGAUCACUGGCAUGCUUAAAGCUUCGGGGUUACAUGGUGAGUUUUGGGCAGUCUUCUGGUACACCAGAUCCAGUUCCCUUAUCAGCACUGGCACCAAAAUCUCUGUUCUUGACGAGGCCUUCUCUCAUGCAAUAUACGUCAACCCGGGAUGAGCUGCUAGAAACUGCUGGGGAGGUAUUUGCCAACAUUUCAUCAGGUGUCUUGCGGGUUCUUGUAAAUCAUACAUACCCUUUGGCACAAGCAGCACAGGCACAUGCAGAGCUGGAGAGCCGAAAAACAUCUGGAUCAGUUGUGCUAAUACCAUGAAGGUGAGCAGUCUGUUUCAUCUUACACAGAAUAGAUGGAGGUUGUUUGGUCAAGUGUGUUGUGAGCCUUGCUAUGUACACAAAGAUCCAUGUCCAGUAACUAUACGCGGUCACCAAGAGAACUUAGAGAAGUCGUGUUUGUGGUAUGGUAGCAAUAAAAAUGUAGAAUUCUGGACAUUUGACUGGUUUUUCUGCUUGUAAUCAUGUUGAUGGUACUUUGCUUUUGGUACUAGUAUGGAGUGUGGUUGUGAAUAUAGAAGAUGAAGCAAUUGAUUUUGACAUUUAUAACAUUCAAUAUAAACUUAUUACAAA